AUGCUGACCCGCCUGUUCAGCGAGCCCGGUCUCCUCUCGGACGUGCCCAAGUUCGCCAGCUGGGGCGACGGCGACGACGACGAACCGAGGAGCGACAAGGGCGACGCGCCGCCGCCGCCGCCGCCGCCUCCGCCGGGGCCCGGGGCUCCGGGGCCAGCCCGGGCCUCUAAGCCAGUCCCUCUCCGUGCAGGAGGUGCGGAGGCCGCGCUGGCCGAGGUCAAGGAGGAAGGCGAGCUGGGGGGCGAGGAGGAGGAGGAAGAGGAGGAGGAGGAAGGGCUGGACGAGGCAGAGGGCGAGCGGCCCAAGAAACGCGGGCCCAAGAAGCGCAAGAUGACCAAGGCGCGCCUGGAGCGCUCCAAGCUGCGGCGGCAGAAGGCCGAACGCGCGGAGCGCAACCGCAUGCACGACCUGAACGCGGCGCUGGACAACCUGCGGAAGGUGGUGCCCUGCUACUCCAAGACCCAGAAGCUGUCCAAGAUCGAGACGCUGCGCCUAGCCAAGAACUACAUCUGGGCGCUCUCGGAGAUCCUGCGCUCCGGCAAGCGGCCCGACCUGGUGUCCUACGUGCAGACGCUGUGCAAGGGUCUAUCGCAGCCCACACCACCACCUGGUGGCCGGCUGCCUGCAGUCAACUCGCGCAACUUCCUCACGGAGCAGGGCGCCGACGGCACGGGCCGCUUCCACGGCUCUGGUGGCCCAUUUGCCAUGCCCUACCCGUACCCGUGCUCGCGCCUGGCGGGCGCACAGUGCCCGGCGGGCGGCCUGGGCGGCGGCGCGGCGCACGCCCUGCGGACCCACGGCUACUGCGCCGCCUACGAGACGCUGUAGCCGCGGGCGGGCGGCGGCGGCGCGAGCCCGGACUAUAACAGCUCCGAGUACGAGGGCCCGCGCCCCCCGCUCUGUCUCAAUGGCAACUUCUCACUCAAGCAGGACUCGUCGCCCGACCACGAGAAAAGCUACCAUUAUUCUAUGCACUACUCGGCGCUGCCCGGCUCGCGGCCCACGGGCCACGGGCUGGUCUUUGGCUCGUCGGCUGUGCGCGGGGGCGUCCACUCGGAGAAUCUCUUGUCUUACGAUAUGCACCUUCACCACGACCGGGGCCCCAUGUACGAGGAGCUCAAUGCGUUUUUCAUAACUGAGACCUCGCGCCUGCCCCUUUCUUUUCUUUGCCUUUGCCCGCACCCCUGUCCCCAGCCCCCGAGCGCAAGGGACCCCCACCUAUCCUGGCGCCGGGCGCGGGGAGCGGGCCGCCGGUACUGACCCUCUCCCGGGCAGUGCAGUUCUCUUACCAGUGGGUGGCCGUCCCAGGAGCCUCGAUUACCCCAGGGGACUCGCCUUCUCUCUCCCCAAGGGGUUUCCUCCUCUUUCCCAGGGUAGUUCUCCAGGGACCCCCUCUUAGGGCACUCCCUGGAGACACCCCCCAUUCCCAAUCUCUACACUUAGGUUUCCCCCUCCCCUUCCCCUCUGCAGGCCCAAAUGCAUCGGCAAGGGGCAGCUGAGCUGUGGGAUACUGUUUCCCUCUAUUGUUGUUGUUGUUAUUAUUAUUAUCAUUAUCAUUAUUAUUAUAACAGGACACCGAGCUGCCGUGGCAGAAAGGAGCCGGGCGCCCCUCUUUCUUGAAGAGGGCAUAAGUCAGGGCGCUCCAGCCUGGACCUGGAACACCCUCUCCCCGACCCCUCGUCUCAGCGUUUCGUGAUUUUAAUUUUGGCGGGAGGAAUGUGUGGAUUGAGAGGAAAGAGAGAGGCCAAGCAACUUUGUAACUAGAAUUCCGU